AGUGCCCAUGCCUGACCUCGUGCCAACCACGUGAUAUGAUGCUCGACCUGACGAUUCGUAGCGUUUGUCCUACACUCAUGUUCUUUCCUGCAACUGUCCUUCUUGGCACGUAGUGCUUGGGAGGAAUGUCUGACAAAGCCUGCCUGGGUAGGGAAAUCCAGCCUGGCCAGUUGCAUCUUAGUCACUACACUUCAAAACCUCCUGUUCAUUCUUAUGGUUCUGGCGGUCGGUCUCCCACCUUUGGUUCCUCCUCUUCUUCUUCAUCCUCUGACCCUGAGCACCCGGCUACUUCUCCACAGAAGAAGUCGGGUCAUGCUUCCACUUGCGCUCCCUCUUCUUCCGCGGCGCAAGUGGUCUCGAUUGCCCAGUCCGGGGACGAGGGCUUCAUUCAGCUAGAUGACCGGUUGCUCCAAGAGCAACCGUCGUACAUGCAGAAACCCCAAGUCCACGAACUGCGUAAUCUGAUGCCCGAUGGGUAUCAAUUGACCUACUGGGCAACGUGGAAGAGCAUUAUACCUCUCCACGCCGGCACGUCGAUUGGGAUCCAUUACCAUUCGAUCAAGGACUUGGGUGAGUUCUCUAUUCACCCAUUCAAAGUCCUUUUCCUUGAGACCUACGGGAUCAUGCCUGGGCAGCUGGCCCCUAAUGGUCACCGUUUGUUAGGCAGCUUCAUCAAUGUCUGCCGGUUUCUUCGUAUUCCUCUUUCUCUUCGCCUCUUUGAUUAUAUGUUCGAUGUUCGGCCCGGGUCCAAGGAAACCCUUGGAUUCGUGGUGGUGUCUUCCCACCAAGGCCGGGCAUUCCUUUGUGGCCUUCCACCCUCUAACAAGAAGUGGAAGGACAAAUAUGUCUGUGUCAAAUUCCCCCCGGGUGCCUUUCCUUUUGCCCAAAACGUCUGGGGGAAAAGAAUGAAGCGCCAGGUCAAACCAGCGGAGGCCGAUGACCUGGUUGCUUGGGAAGCCACUCUCCGGGCCGGGGAUGCCUCCACCCGCGGUCUGUACCACGUUGGGAAGUGGAGCGUCUACCCCGGCCGGGAGACCGACCCCGAACCGGAGAUUGUUCUGCCCGGGGUGAUCCCCGAAGCCAUCCCCAUCCGUCAGGCGAGGGGAUCCAAAGCCCCGGCCACUACCAAUGCCGGUCCUUCACGCCCGGCGAAGAAGAAGAAGGAGAAAGGUCGGCCGGAUCGGGGAGGAGUACUUCGCCCGGCAUGCUGGAAGGAAGGCCAGGCUGCCCGGGCCAAGGCAGAGAAGAUAGAGGCCAAAUGGACAGAGCACUGUGCGGUUUACCGCCAGCUCUAUGCCAAGCACGACGGUCUCCUCAAGGCUGCGAAAGAGGCCGAUGAGCAGGCCCAGGCCAAGAUCAAUCAGCUAGAGGCCAAAAAUGCCCGGUCAGCCGAGGAAAUCGCUCGGCUGGGAGAUGAGCUGCAGAAAGAGCAGUCGGUGCGUGCCGCCCUUGCUGCUGCAUGGGCUACUCAAGCGCCUGAGGAGUUCGCUGCUAAGGCGUUGCCUGACUGGGAGACUGCCAUCCGCUUCUUCCAAGGCUUGUACAAGUACGAGGUCUCGGCCGGGAUCGUCGACGAAAUCGGAACGUACGGCUUUGAAAGCGGCCAGUACUCGGAGCGGAAGGCCCUCUACGGCAUCCUUCAGCAGAGGAUCCAAGGUUUUCAGCCGAAGGCUCUUUCUCUUCCCGAGCUGCACAGCGAGGCGCCUGAACCUCCCUUCCCGGGCAUCUGAUCCGUCCGGCCUUCCUUCCUCAUCUGAUUUUCUUCUUUUUUUAAUGAUGUAAUGGUCUGCCUCCGGGCACUUUUGUAAGACAUUGAAAUAUUAAUGAAAAUAUGCUUUAUGUUAUGUGCUGAGUGCUUUUUUUAUCUCGUCAUUUCUCUUCAUCUUGAAUUCUUUAACCGUUUAGAUUAAUAAAUAACAGCCUGGCUGUAUU